AUGGGUACAGCCACUCGGUCCACGGACGGCUCGACGCCGCAGCUGUCUGACCUCAGUACGCUGCACGUCACAGUGGGCGAGCGCCGCCUCUCGUCGGACGGCUCGUGGCUCUACUCGCUGCAAGUGACGUGCAGUCGCAGCCACUGGCGGGUGGACAAGCGGUACAGCGAGAUCCGCGAGCUCUGGCGCGAGCUCUGCCGGGCGCUGGCGGCGGCAACGGGCGACGCGCAGCGGCUGUGCACGGAGCACACGCACUUCCUCGCUGGCCUCGAGCAGGACGCGUUCCCGAAGAAGCACCUGCUGUUGACGCGGCACAAGCUCGAGACGCGCGCGGGCGACCUCAACCAGUUCUUCCGCAAACUCGCCAUGCGCUUGACGCUGUGCCAGCCGCGCGAGCUGCAGAAGUGCCGGCUGCGCGGCUGUGCGCUCUUGGAGCUCAUUGUGGGCUUCUUCGCGGCGGCGCCCGAGCAGACCAAACGCUGCGGCGCCCCGACGGGCGCGUCACGCAGCUUCUCAAUGCAGUGCGAGGCGGCGUCCCACCACUGCGACCGCUUCUCUACGCAAAAGCGACGAGGCAGCAGUGGCGGUGGACGAGGUGCGGGCGUGGACUUGAUCCGGCGCUUGUCGCUUGGCGUGUGGGGUCCACGUGGCGUCGUGGCUGCACAGGCGCAACGAGAGCAGCAAACGUGA